CAACAGGCUGAUCCACACCUCAGACGCAGGUCUCGAUGCAGGACUUCACAUCACGACUCUCCAAGUCCCUUCAGUAAAGUUGAGCCCGGUCGGGCUGAAACAGGACGUAAGUCUGUUUUUCACCUCGAGGACGAGUUCACGAUGCAGCGGGACGUGUGACUGACUGCCCUCCCAGCUCAACGUUCACCUUCAAGAAAGAAGUGGACAAAUGAGAAGAAUCGUGUAGGAGCAAGGAGGACUAUGGCCAUCAUUGAUCUGAUAAUGAUGGGAAUGGAUCUUCGUCAUCCAAAGACGAUAUGAAGGAACAUCAGGUUGACUUGUAGCCUUGAAGACGUCAUGGUGUCCAAUGAGUCCAAUUUGUCGUGUAUAUCGUCACUGAAGGACGACGAGGGUCUGCUCUACAUCCAGCCGCACUACAAAGAGUCAUACCGUCUUGCCAUCUACGCUCUGCUGUGCGGCGGGAAAGCCGCAUAUGAGGACUUCCUGCAGGCCGAGCAGAUCAGCCAUUUCCUGUCGGAGGAGGAGAUCCUCUUCAUUUUGGAAAAUGCAGAGGUGCCCGUUGUGGAGGAUGACAUGGAGGGGAGGCGGGUGGGCGGAGUCGAGCCGAACCCGUCUACCUACUUUCCUGUGGAGUCGGACGAGGAGGUGCCGGACCUGGACCUGGGCUGGCCAGAGGUCACGCUGGACGACCUUGACACCAGCAUCAGCCUGCUGUUCCACCCCCCGAGACCCAACACGCCCACCAUCAAGGAGGUGGUGCGCAAGCAGAUCCAGGAGGCCAAGCAGGUUGUUGCUAUAGCAAUGGACGUCUUCACUGACGUUGACAUUUUCAAGGAGGUCAUUGGUGUCACACUGCGGGGGGUGGUGGUCUACAUCCUCCUGGACGAGGCCCAGUUUGGCAGCUUCCACGCCAUGUCACAGAGAGUGGGCGUCAACAUCCAGGACCUCAAGAACAUCCGGGUCCGCACAGUGCGAGGUCAGCAGUAUCACUGUCAGUCCGGAAUGAAAUUCCACGGCAGUUUGGAGCAGAGGUUCAUCCUGGUGGACUGUAGAACUGUUUUAUAUGGAACAUACAGCUACACAUGGUCCUUUGAGAAGAUCAACCUGAGCAUGGUCCUGGUGGUCACGGGUCAGCUCGUUUGCUCUUACGACGAGGAGUUUCGCCGGCUUUACGCUCGUUCCAGCAUUCCUGAGGCUCUCUACAAGGAGUACAAGUCGUCAAUGGAGUACCUGCUGGACGGCGUGGCCUUGCGCAGUCCAAAUUCCAGCCAGCUGUCCCUGCAUCAAAUUCACAUGAGAUCCAGAGGCAUGCACGGGCUGAGGAGUGCUCAGGAGGACCGCUUUGGGAAUGCUGUCGGGAUGGCCAGGGGCCUAAGCAUGCAGGACCACCUGCAUCAGUCCCAUUUUACAGACAUGGGCCACAUGGUGAGGGGACACAGUUUUGGUGCAGAGUUUCAGAGAUUAAACCCAGUGACCCGGCUGAAGAUGGGAACUAAAGACAUCGUAGUGCCCGUUACUCCUGACAGGCCCUCUUCUAGUAUGCUCGUUCCCAACAGGAUGUCUCACCAACACAUUAGACACCAGAGUCGCUACGGUCCAGACCACACGCUUAUCCCGUUUAACUCUGAGACGUCCCUUCACAGGUGGAAAAUGGACACGUACCUGAAUAGCAAUGUGAAUCUUGAUGCAUCAUGUGAUGUCCUGUCCCCAGUGACCUCGCCAUACAGCAGCCGUACAGGCCUGAAUGAGCACCAGCCCCACAUGAUUCACAGUAGGCCCAGGGACAUCAAGUCAAGGUUGGAAGAAAUCCGGCAAAAGAGACUCAGUUUACAGGAAUACAACAAUCUCAGGCAGAGCCAAGAGUCUCUGAGGUCUAUGUACCAAAGUCUGGAUCGACCCAAGUUCAAGUCCUCUUUAACACAGAAUGUGGAGGGUAUGAGCAGCCUGGAACAAACCAAUCAUAGAGAAUCUGGGCCCAGCAAGGAAGAUGACAGUCACUGCUCUAGGUCGUACUUUGACAUCCAGACAGCUCCAGAAAUAAAGACAACGACGGCAUACGACUGGCACGAGCCUCUUUCCAGGACCUCUUCAGCCACCCAUCUGGACGAGAAGCUCAAAGAACCAUCCCUCAAGUACCACAGUGGUCUCCAACGUCCCAGAACAAUGGAGUCUUUGAUUGAAAUUCCUGAGGAGAAGGAAGGUUCAAGUAAUCUUAUCAACAGUUAUGAUGGUGUUAGGCUCAACGACAGAAUAGAAGACGAGAAGAAGGUGAGCACACCUCAAGCAGAGGUAACCACAGGAAACAAUGACUCCUUGGCUAAGCAGUCUGGAUCUGCUACUGCUCAAGAAAAAAAUAAGUCACUUCGUAGCACGGCGGAAACAGCCCCACAGAUCUUAACUACGUCUGCCUCGGAAGUGAAAACUCAUCAGACAGAAAAGGAUGUGAUGCCUCAGAGGAAGAACUCCAUGAGGACGAAAAGCUCAGAAGAAAAGAAGGCCUCCAAAAAGGAGGAUAAGUCACUCCAAAGAAAGGCCUCCUUGAAGUCGCAGAAUUCUUCUGGGUGUCGAGCGUCCCCCACUGGAAAACCGUCCACUGCAGAGCACCAAGCAAGCCAGAACUCUAUCAACAGGUCAUCAGAGUCCGAGAAGCCAAAGUCCUCCUUCAACUUUUCGAGAUUAUCUUCUCACCGCUCCAGCAAACGGAAAACAAACCAAGCGGCCGAGCAGGAGCAAGGCUCACAAAACGAUCUGGAAGAGCAGGAAAUGACGGCCUACGAAAGCCGUAGGGAGAAGGCCUACAGUCGCUACGAGUACCUGCUGCGUUCUAGCGUGCCUCUGGACAAAGCAAAGAACGAUUCCUCUUAUCCAACAUAUGGCACAGCACAAGGUGGCGCCGAAAAAAAACUGGGAAGAUUCAUGCAGAGAGUUGGAAAUCUCAUAGGCAAGAAUAAGUAGAUGAUGCUGAUGCUAACCUUUAGUUAUACUGAAGAUCUGAAGGUUUGCUCAGAUGUUAUUCAACAUGUAUAUUUUCUACAGAUUAACCUCCUUAUUUACUGUAUAUGUGCUUUCUUAUCUGUACAAAGUAAAAAGAAAAUGAAGACUUCACACUGGCACAGCAGCAAAUACAAACUUUAACUUCACAUUUUUGCAUGGAGGGCCACUUCACCUUUAUUUUGAAAAUAUCACAAUAGCCAUAACAUCAGUUUUAAAAAGAAAUCCUAUUCAAGCAUCAUUCAAGUCUCAUGCUUUGUUUGACAGGUGAAAAUCAUUAGAUAAAAUACUCCAAGCACUUGUUCCUCUCGUCGUCCAAUUCCUGGGUCUCUAUCUCAAACUUUUUCAUGGCAAUGAAGUACUGGACAAAGGGCUCCCCAAGGGCACUGCGGAUGAUGUGGUCCUCGCCCAGUGCCUCCAGAGCAUCUUCCAGCUUCACAGGGAUGGCAAAGUCCUUCUGCUGAUUUGGUGCUUUGUGGAAACCGCUCUCCACGCUCAGGUUGCGUCUGAUCCCAUCCAGUCCGGCGGCGGCAGUAGCUGCCAGCACAACGUAAGGGUUGGCCAUGGCCGAGCCCAGCUUGUUAUCGAUGUGGGUCUCCCGCCCACCAUGGCUCUUGAUGUUGAAGGAGCUGCUAUUGUCGUUGCAGCCGCAGGUGGCAUAAAGCAUCCGCUUGGGGUCUUUGAUGGUCUUGGCGAUGUGGCUGCGGCAUCCCAGGCCCGGUGACAUCAAGCAGCUGAGGGCGGCCGAGUGCGUCAGGAGACCAGCCAGCCAUUUGCGGCCAAUGUCAGACAGGUCGCCUGCCUUCUCCCCACUUUGGAAGAGGCUGCGGCGGCCGUUAGCAUCCCACAAGCUGUGGGACAGCACGCCUGCAUUGUAGAGGCCAUCAUCGGUGAAGAAGCUAGCAAUGUAGCUGUGCUUGCGAGCCAUUUCCUUGAUGCCGGUGCGGAAGGUGAAGGCGCUGUCUGCGGCUGCGAUCCCAAACUCUGGCCGCAGGUUAAUCUCCAUCUGACCAGGCCCACUGGCCGAAGCCAUGCUGUCAAUGUCGGCACCCAUGCAGUACAUACUGUCCACCAACUGCUGGAAGAAAGGCAGGUCGUGGUUGCUCAGUAGGGUAGUGGCAGGAAACAGGAGUGUCUUGGGUCCAAUCCGGUCUGGCGCUCCCAGGACGCAGCACUCGUAGGUAAAGGAGGCGUGCAGGGAGAAGCCCAGGCUUUGGAGCUGGCCUAGAAGCUGCUUGGCGAUGAGGCGAGGCGAUGUGCGAAGGGGAUUUCCUGUCACCGUGCAGGGGUCGCAGAUGACCCUGGCAGUCUGUUCAGCCCAGGGUAGGAUCCUGAAUGUGGAAAGGUCAGGGAUCAGGAGGAUGUCGCUGCUGAAGUUGGCAGCAUUAGCAUGAUCCACUUCGUUACUCUUCGGACUCAGUGUAAGCUCCAAGUAGCUCCUUGGCAUCGCCACUCCAUACACGGCCUUUUCCUGGAAAAACACAUUGUUUCUAUCAAGUACCAUCUAUAUGGAUGGAUGUACUCUAUGAGGGACAUGGUAGUGUAGUGGUUGACAUAGAUUACAUUUGUGCAGCUGGCAUGGGAUCAAGUCCCACUCAGUGGCCUAUUCACAUUGCUCUCUGAGUGACAGGUCACCUGUGCCGAUGAACAAUGGAUACAUGAAUAAAUGAAUGGAUGAAGUGAUUACAUGGAAGAAGCGGACAGGCACAGUCUUGGAUCUGGACACUCCAUGUAGGUCUGUGGCCUCAAAGCGCACAAAGUUGAUGUUCUCUCUGGCGAUCUGUUGCUUGAUCUGCUCCAUGGUGGAGAUGAACCUUUGAUUCCCUGAGAUGUCUAUGGCCUCGUUUCCGUUUUCUGUGAACGAAGAGUUUGAAGAAAUUAAUAUGAACUAAACUGGUAGCUUAGUUUGUUCCAAAUCUAGUGUCUUGUCAUUUAUCAUCAACAGUGGACUAAAGGUAUCAGUGAUAAAUCUGUCAGCACUGACCUGAGUGAAGAGCUUUAGUCUCCCCACAGGAACCGCUGCUGUCGCAUUUGUGAGUCCGGAAUUCCGGCUGCCUUUUUGUGUUGGUCUCAGCCGUGAACGAGCUGGAUGAAUCCAUGGAGGGAGGCGGCUGAAUAGAAGUGCUCUCUGUGGAUGUGGGCCCCUUUCUGGAAGCAUCGGGUUGAGGUUUGAAGGUCCUGAAUGCUCUCUGUGGGUUAACGUCGUCCUGCUGCAUGCUAGGCCGAGCCCACCCGCCACGGCCACCACCGUGCGGGUAAGAGUUAAGGCCCCCCGGAGGGUUGUGUGCAGUACUGUCCCUCAGCAGGGUCUUCAGCUCCUCUACAGUCUGCCUGGCUAGUCCUGCCUCACCAUACCGACCCCUAUUUUGAGGGUUAGCUUCCUGUAUCCAGUCCUCCAGGUCUGGUUUGUCCAUCCCAUGGUCAUAAAAUGGCUCAGUGGACUUGGGACGUAGAGAUCCAACCGAGGCGACGGAGAGGUCUGGAGGUGGGAUGGAGCUACAGGGAGCUUGGAUGAUGUUGGGUCCUCGUCUGGUCACCCAAUCUACAGGAGGAAUGUAUUUUCCCGUCACCCUCACUCCCUUCCUGCUCUCCAUGCUCAUCCCUGUGCCAUCUAUUUGGUCUUUUCUCCUACACAGACCCUGGAAGACAUGACAUGACACAUGACCAUCACAAGAGGGCACAUGGAAAAUGUUAGCAAGAUGUUAGCUAAAUAAAAAGUCAGUUAAAGCAAGUUAAAAAGAGGAAAUGUUACCUCGGACUCUUCCGACUCAUUCAUUUGUGCUCUUUCAUCAACACUAUUUUGGACUUUGAUGGCCUUCAUGUGAGAUCCUCACUGGCACAUUAAUUUUUAUACACAAUUGCUACAAUGGUGACCCGCUACAAACUUCCAUUUGCUCCCUGCCUUUCCGGCACAACACAAUCCUCUACAUCCGGCUGUGAACUGACAUCUGCCAGCUGGCGCUGUCGUUCAAUCUGGAAAGUAUCAAAGCUUUGAGCUAAUUGGCUGAGGGCGCCGACCAUUCGGGGCCCUUUGUGUCACUGCAGAGCAAAAGUGCUGAGCCCAGCGACUGUUUGUCUUUCCAGAAAGUUGGGAUUCUGUAUGGAGACAACAGGAAAGCACCAGAAGCAUA